AUCCCUACCCAAUCUCUUCAUUUCCAGUCUCCAACUCUCUCUCUCUUUCUCAUUGAAAAAGAAAAGAAAAAUGAGACAGCUUUGAACCCGAAAAAGAAAAACAAAAUGUUUCAAUCUCGCUUCACAAUCCUGAUCCGCACUUUGAAUUCUUCAAAGUCGCGCCAUUUUUCCUCGACUAUUGAACCCACGAAACCCCAAUUCCCUCAAACCCUAGCUGGUCUCCGUGCUCGUUUAGCCGCAGAAUCCCCAUCUCUUUCUGAAUUUAGCGAUCUACAAUCCAAUAAUUCAUACUCUGUUGAAGUGGGUACCAAGAAGAAACCCCUUCCUAAACCUAAAUGGAUGAGAGAAGCUAUACCCGGCGGCGAUAAGUACGUUCAGAUCAAGAAAAAGCUCAGGGAGUUGAAGUUGCACACCGUUUGUGAGGAGGCUAAGUGUCCUAAUCUGGGAGAAUGUUGGUCUGGUGGGGAAACUGGAACUGCUACUGCUACUAUUAUGAUUCUUGGCGAUACGUGUACUCGUGGUUGCAGGUUUUGUAAUGUCAAGACAUCGCGUACUCCUCCACCACCCGACCCUGAUGAGCCUGCUAAUGUGGCUGAGGCAAUUGCUUCUUGGGGUUUGGAUUAUGUGGUGAUUACUAGUGUGGAUCGAGAUGAUUUGCCUGAUCAAGGAAGUAAUCAUUUUGCUCAGACUGUGCAAAAGUUGAAGGCUUUGAAACCUCACAUGCUUAUAGAAGCAUUGGUACCUGAUUUUCGAGGAGACCCUGGCUGUGUAGAAAAUGUUGCAAAAUCUGGAUUAGAUGUCUUUGCUCAUAAUAUUGAGACAGUUGAAGAUCUUCAAAGUGUUAUAAGGGAUCACCGUGCUAAUUUUAAGCAAUCUUUAGAUGUUCUCAUGAUGGCUAAGGAUCAUGCUCCCAAAGGAACACUUACAAAGACUUCGAUAAUGUUAGGCUGUGGUGAAACGCCUGAACAGGUUGUGAAAACAAUGGAGAAGGUGAGAGCAGCAGGCGUUGAUGUGAUGACUUUCGGUCAAUAUAUGAGACCAUCAAAGCGCCAUAUGCCAGUAUCUGAAUACGUUACCCCUGAAGCUUUUGAACAGUAUAGAACACUUGGCAUGGAAAUGGGAUUUCGGUAUGUAGCAUCUGGUCCCAUGGUCAGAUCAUCAUACAAGGCAGGUGAAUUCUAUAUCAAAUCCAUGAUAGAAUCAGACCGGGCUACAUCUUCACAGCUACCUAUCUCUUGAUGAGUUUUUUUUUUUUUUUUGUCCUUCUUGUUCUUCCACAAAUCACAUGUUGAUCACUUUGUGUGUUACUUCAUUAAUGAUUUACACAGACUUGAUGGCUUUUAGCACAUGCCUAAAGUGAGUUUGUUGAAAGCUUAAGAUAUAGAGGCUGAUCCUUUCGCAGGGAUCAGCCUCUCAAGGUUUAAUAAGCUCGAGGUCAUUAUAAUCUGUUCCAGUUUUUUGUAAAGUUAAUCUGUUGUAAUUCACCAUUCACCAUUCCCCACUCCCCAUUUAUCGAAAUCAUUGUUCCAUGGUACUGGACUAUUUGCCAAGGAAAGUGAUAAACAUUUUAUACAGAUGAAUUGUAGAUGGAUAAAAGUAUUGGCCCUUCUCUUUAUAAUUAAAAACUUUGUUUGUUAA